UGCAGCUGUGAGGGCUGGAUCUUUCACGCACUAGGCCCGACACACAGCCUCUGUACCUGUACCCUGAACAGCCCGUCAAUAGGGAGUCGCAGAGAAUUUGCUCAACUUCUGGUUCAGGGACACGCACGAGAUUGUCUGAAGGGGCCGCACAGGAGACUGCCGCUACGUGAGCGACGGAGAUACAACAUCACUCCAGCCCUGCAAUCCUAUCCAGGCUUCGGCAUAGAUUCCUGCAUCACCAGCCCUUGCACCACCGGCCUCACCAUGAGCUUCAAGGCCAAGGACCUACAGUUUGACAGCUCUCAGCCAGCCUUCUUGCAGCGGCUACGUGGGCAACUUCAAAGUGGGGAUACCGCUCGUCAUGAACAUCCCAUUGCCAGAAACAAGAGGAUGAACAAGGAUGAUGAUGAAGAUGAUGCGCCGACAUACGUCUUGGAAGAUACUAACCAGUCGUUGAGCAAAGAGGAGUAUGAUGCGCUCAUCUCUGGCAAGGACAGCAAGGGCGAAGAAGACCCGGUAACAGAUGAAGCCGAGCAAAAGGCAACCAAGCAAGAUGAGUCGAAACCCAAAGACAAAAUUGCUGAAGUUGGUGCAAAUACAAAGAAGCGCAAGGCCGCGAAGAUUAUUGGCGAUGAUCAAGGCGAUAGCAGGAGUGAAGUAGAAAGGGAUGCCGAAAAGCCUACUACCAAACCAGCCAAGAAGCCAAAAAAGAAAGCCAAAGCAGUUAAACUUACCUUUGGAGACGAAGAUGAGGGAUGAGAGAGGUUAUAAUCUACGUUAUCUUCACAGACACGUAAUCCUGCUUGGUGCGAGGCAUGUUCUCAGCAAGAGGCCCUACUUCUACCUUGAUCCUCUGGUUCAAAUGCCCGAAUGGGAAAUGCUACUUAGGUUGCCCAUAGGCUACAUGGUCUGUUAGCCCGACAAACGGUAUCAAUGCUAAGCCACACACAUCAUACAGCACGGGCACAGCCUGGCUCCUCCAGUCCCUUGGAUUGGGGGUUUAUAGGAGAUAAAGCUACCAGAUGAUGAGGCAAGGAUAUGAAGGUUGCGUUUGUUGCGAGCCGACGCUGCGUGCAUUGGCUUUGUUCGACUAGUGUUGGGAUUUAUUACUACUUCUCCUUUUUUCCUGGUAUAAAAACUAGGUCAAUUUUAAAGAAGUCGUUAUAAUGUUGAAAUACACUGGUUCAUCUGCCA